UAUGUCACCCCGUAGUAGCUCGGAACAUGCUCGGAGAGUAACUACAGGCGUACCUUGUUGGAAAACCAGAAAAUAUUUAUGUUUUAUGGUAAAUGGGAGACACCUAGCCCAGGUACACUCCCUGACCGUACUACGUUAGUUUCUUCAACAAGGUAAUUGACAAUGUCUGGAAUUGAAGCAAAACCCACCCUGACCGAUGCACAGAGAGCUAAGAUUGAGAAGAACAGACAACGAGCGUUGUUACUUCGCCAAGCAAGGUUGUCCAGUAGGCCGUACCCACAGACCAAACCCUCAGAUAGGACAGAGAAAGCAGCUUCCUCAGGCAGAGUGAUUGACACAGGGGCAGGGUUCUUGCUGGAGGAGGAACCCGAAGAGGAUGAGUCCAGCCAGGUCAAGAUCGUCCACGAGCCAGGCCCACUGCUAGGUGGCGCACCGUCAGUGUGUGUGGAAUGUAACAAAGGCUUCCAAGAUUCAUACAUCUAUUCACACUUUGAAUAUGAAGUGUGUGAUGAAUGUAGAGACUCUGAAGGGAAGCACUCGCUCAUGACCAAAACCGAUGCCAAGCAGUCGUAUCUGUUGAAAGAUGCUGACCUCGAGAGGAGGGAGCCCGUUCUCAAGUUCAUUGUCAGGAAGAACCCACACAAUCCAAGAUGGGGAGACAUGAAGCUGUAUCUAGCUCUACAGGUUGAGAAACGGGCACUGGAGGUGUGGGGAAGUAUGGAGAAGAUUGAACAAGAAAAAGAACAACGUGAGGCAAACAAAGAAAAAGCUAAGCAAAAGCAAUUUGACAAGAAGGUCAAAAAUUUAAGACGAGCUGUACGCUCCAGCCUUUGGACGAAGGACACUCAAAGCCAUACGCAUACCUAUGGACCAGAGGUUUACGAUGAAGACAGUGAUAUGUAUUCCAAAACGUGUACGUCAUGUCAGCAUACUUUGUCGUAUGAAAAAAUGUGAACAGCUAAUGUGAUUCCAAGAGCGACUUUUGGAAGAAAGGCUGACGUUCGAAGGAAAGUAAAGUCAGGAGUCUGACUUGACAGGAAAGUCUGGAUCAGCACUUUAAAUGUCGACACGCUGUGCGAAUCAUGAGGUUUCCCACCAAGUACCAAGCAGUAAAAUCAUUCCAUCCGAUGUCAGGCGGUAUCACUUGGUGAAAAUGAGGAAGGAGAGAGACGUUCUUGACCUGCUGUCCUGCGAUAGACCAUUCUGCACUGCUUGAACCCCGACCAUCCAGGCAGUCACAUGCAUUGGACAGAAUGAAGUCGAUUGGCUGGAGGAUCCAUGGUUUAAUGACCACGGACAUUCAAGUUAAUAGUGCCUAGGCUUAUGCCCAUGUCCACAUCCAAGGCUAUUCCAGCCGAGGAAUAUAGCAUGUGCAAGAAUUAUGUAGGUUGCUUACUACAAAAGUUUGAAGUUAUUUACAAAGAAAGAAAUGAAAAGUCUAACUUCUUUGACAAAAAAGACAACUACACCUUUCUUGCCAUACUCUGAUUUUUAUAACUGACCUACUGGUUUGGCAUAGAAAUGACAUGCUUCAUACUGUUGAUCAGUAAACUAAAUCUCUACAGUUGAAAAUUCUUAAGCUUCACAUGCACUACUUGUGCAUGCAAAGUAGGUUGUUCGUAGGAAGAAACAUCAAAUUCAUUGUUAGGGAAUGCUUGCAGUUAAACGCCCGCAAGUCUUUCAAUACUCCUGUGAUCUGUGCAGCAAGACAAGUAGGUCUUGAUCACAGCCCCGAUACUGAUGAUGCACUACCACUUUUUGACUUGACGGCUACCUGGGAUCUGUUCCCAUCAAAUAAAAAAGUCAAGAGUGAAACUGAAAUGAGGGGUGCAUUUCAAAUUUAUUGCUUCACUCUCACGACUUUUACAAUAACAAAUACAAACGGGUAAUGUACAGUAAAAUUCUGAAUAUUGACAUUUCAUACAAUCACUGUAUACAAUCUAAAAAAGCAAAAAGGUUAAAUGUGACAAAAUAGAUAAGAUUGUAAAACUGCUGAGUUUGAAUGCCAUACUGGAUAACAAAAAUAUACUAAAAAUAAUUUAAAUUCUAAACUAUAAAUGUUGUAACACCAGCCACAAUAUGAGUGUGGGCCAGUUUUAAAGCACACUUACAUAUCUACAUCACUUGGGACGAGUUUUUUUUUCAAGGAAUGACAUAUCGCUAUUGUGUGUGACCCAUCACAUGUAUACCCAGCAAGAUAUGAGACCGAGGGGUACCCCCCCAACAUGUCCAA